AUGACGGAUCAGUAUCUGCAAGAGCAGCAUGCCCUUACCAUUGCCCGCACCGUCCAGAGAGAACGACAGCUUGCCCAGGCCCGCCUAGAUUCUGACCAUGGUGAUAGUUGGGUCAUGAUCACCCAGACGGGUGAUAUCAACCCUCUUCCCCACGAACACAUCAGACACAGAUCCAAUGCCAAAGUAAGCCUCGAGCUGUCGGUACCCAAGGCCUUACAGCAAGGAAGGACGCCCUUUGCGCGCAAGAGCGACAAUGGCACGGCAUACAUCACAACACAACGGGUCAUUUACAUUCCUGCAAAACCCACCGCCGAGUUCAAGUCGUUCCAUGCGCCAAUCUUGAACUGCGCCGAUUCCUACGUUGGCUCGCCGUUCUUUGGCGCCUGGUUCUGGUCCGCCACCGUCGUGCCCGUCUCUGGAGGCGGCGUGCCUGCCGACAUACCACGGGUCGAGGUGAAGAUGAGCUUCAAGGAGGGUGGUCACAGCGAGUUCCGGCAAAGGUUCGAGGAGCUCAAGGAACGACUUGAGCAUGUGAGACGCCUGCAGCAGGAAACGGGACAGACGGUCAACAUUCCGGACGAGCCGCUGCCGGCCUACGAAGCAACCGAGGGCGGCGGAGCAGCUCCGAGCAACCUGGCGCCGCAACAGCAGCAGCAACAGCAGCAGGAGGAGGAAGCGGCCGGUCAGCCGGCAAGUUCGGGGGGUCAGAAUGCGAACCGGCGUCCGGACGAACCCCCACCGGAUUAUGAUGAGGCGCAAGCACAGACGCUCAGCAUGCGACUCGAGGACCAUGUUCGCGAAGAGUCUGACAGAGCAUAG